AUGAGCCCAGCCAUUCCUGCUCUUACUGAUGAGAAAACAAAACAUGAGCAAAAGGGCCGAGGAUCUUUCAGUGCAACCCCAAUAGAAGUCAACGAAGUUCUUCUUAGUGUCGGGAGGAAAUCUAAAAAACAUGGGAAUAUUGAUAUAGAUAAAGAUAUUGAUUGUGAUAACAGAACUUCUACCCUGUCGAGGCAUACCGAUCCAAGUGCUAUCUUUGAUAGUCAUCCUCAAGAAUUGAUGCUCGGUCCAGGUCUCCCAAAUUCUCAAGCACUUUCUAAGCCUAUAAGUUCGUCUAAUCAACCACCUAACGAAAAAGCUUAUGCUUCAAUCAGUCGAAAGGCAAUAUGGAGAACAACAGAUGAAUUAAGUACCUCCGAAGACAUAGAAAAACUCUAUGUCGAAGCCACAAAGAUGAUUUCUCAGCGUCCCAGUUAUACAAAAUAUCGGAUUCGUAUUGCUGGUUCAGAUUCCUAA